AUGGAAUAUUCAUUUAUUCAAAGUAUAUUUUCUGGAGAACUUAUUUCUAACCUUGAAUGUUUGAAUUGUAAGAAAGUUACAAAGUCUGUUGAAUAAUUCUCAGCAUUAUCCCUAGAACUACCUGAAUUAAAACAAUAAGGAUUUUUCAAAUAAUUUGUAACUAAUUAGAAAUAGACAAUUUCAUUAAAAGAAUGUCUUGAUUACUUUUAUGAACCAGUGAUUGAUUCAUUUACUCUAUGUAGUUGUGGUACAAGAUCGUCUAAGAGAAAAUAUAGUUUUUAAUAAUAAUCCAAUUUAUUAUGUAUUCAUUUACAAAGAUUCUUGAAUAAAAGCUAAAAGGAUACAAAACAUGUUUCAUUUCCAAUAAAGGAUCAUAACUUUUAAGACUAUUUUAAUGUAUGAUUUUUAUUUUAAUAAAUAAUAGUUUGAUAGUGAAUAGAAUUAUAGACUUUUUGGUAUUGUUGUACAUUUACAUGAUUAAGGUGGGGAUCAUUUUGAAACAAUCUUAAGAUAUCAAAAUUCACAAUUUCUGAGCAUUAAAGAUGAAAUGAUUGAAAUAGUUUAAUAAAAAUAUGUAGAAGAAUGUGAAGCUUUAUUGUUGUUUUAUGAAAAAGUUGAUAAUUAAUUAGAUCCAUUUAAAACAAGUCUUCGAAAAAACUUGUAAAAUUAACAUAAUAUGAUUUCAAAUCAAGAAUUAUCAUUAAAAGAUGAUGAAUUAUGUUAUUUACCACAUUUUUGGUAUGAAUAAUUUUUAUAUCUUGCAAAACCACCUUAGAUUAUAACAUCUCAUUUAAUUUGUCCUCAUAAUCUAUUAAAACCUGAUUAUUGGGAUUUUAGAUUAGAAUAUGAAGUAACAAUAUAAUUAUAAUCAGAAUGCUAAUUCAGUUUAAUUAAAUUCCUAAUUAGAUACUAAUACUAGUUUCAUUACUAUAGUUGAAGUGCAGAAUUCUAAUUCACCUGCUAAUAUCUAAGAGAGUUCUGCCUAAAAAUAAUUACAGCUAACAUCAAUCAUUAUUCCAAAAGCAGUGUGUGAAUUUUUAAUAGAAAAGUAUGGAGGAGGCCCAAUAAUUGAGAAGAAUAUUAAAACUUGUAGUGCUUGCAUUGAAUAUGCUUAAUAGAUGAGUAGAAGAAGGAAAUUAGAGAGACAAUUAAUAAUGAAAUAUGAAAAUUUACAAGGAUACGACAGAAUAUAUUUUGUCCAUGAGGAAUGGUUAAGAAAAUGGCAAAUUUAUCUUUAUAAUUCAAAGUCAAUUUUAUAGAGAAAUAGUUUAUUUGGAUAUCCUCCUCCUGGAGAAAUUACGAAUUAUUUAUUAUUGGAUAAGGAUUAGUAGAUUAUAUAAUAAAAAAAAGAUGGCUAACAUUUUCAUAUGAUAACUGCACCAAUAUGGCAUAUAUUAUAAGAAAUAUAUGGAGGAGGCAAGAUAUUUAAUUAAAAAUAGGUCCCACUAUUUCCAUUAAUCCUCAAUAACAACAAUAUUAACCGUUUAAAUUAUAAUCGGAUGAUCUUCUUUAGAUAAAAGAGUUUAAAAAUUUAUAUCAAAGCUGUAUCAAUUAGUACAAACCAGAAAUUUAACAAUGAUAAAAAUGUUUAUAAAUCUUAAAGAUUAUUAUUAAUUAAUUUUGAAAACAUUAUAAACAUAAAAAAAUAUAUUUAUUAAAUAAUAAAACUAAUUAACAUUCUUUCAGUUAAAAAAUUAAGAAUUGUCAUUAAAGCAUACUAAAAUUUUUUGA